CUGAUCUGUCAGUUUCCCUGUGCCUGACAGAUACUGAGAAUAGGAAUAGAGAGGUAGAGAAGAACAGGCCCUGUGUGGACAUACGUGGAGAUUUCUGAUUUUCUUGGACACCUGCACAUUUCUGCCCAACUCCCAGGAAAUCCUUCUUUGACUCAGCUCUUGGUGACACUUCUUUCUCUGGUGGAUUUUGUAUUUAUCUAGUUUCUAUAUUGACAAACUUUUUUUGGAUUAUAAAAACGCCUUCAGACACUGAUUGGACUUUUGGAAUUCAACUGUAUCUCUGCUGAAAGUCCCACAUACUCAUUCAACGUCUUUAAAAAAAGGUUAGGGUUGGGAUCUUCGCCUCAACAUCAUCUGCAUUGUUGCGUUCUUUCUUUGUGUUGUUUAAAACGCAUUCAGAGAUUGUCGUUACUGAUAACCAGCUGUUACAAUGUUGGAAUGACAUUCGAGUUCGAGCUGCACUGAUGGCGGAGUGAAUGAUCUCUGCUACAGACAUUCAUGUGACACCUGACUGAUGCUACACACCUUGCUGAAGCUGAGCAUGCUGUCUCACUGGAUCACAUAGAAGAGGAUAUCAAAGGUCCCUGCUAUAACCAUGGCAUCCCGGGUGAAGCAGCCCCAGGGGCGCAGUUUGUCCUCUCUGUUUUCUUGCUGCUUCAAAGGAAGGGACCAACCAGAGAUCACCUACUGCCAUGAUAACAUUGUGGCUUCAAUGGAGCCUACCUUGCCCAUGCCCCCUCUUCAGGAGCUGGACUCAAUGUUCACCGAGCUGGUGGAUGAACUGGACCUUACAGGGGAGCACAGGGCUGCCAUGUUUUCUUUACCAGCAGAGAAGAAAUGGAACAUCUACUGUAGCAAGAAACUGGAGGCGGAGGAGAACAAAGGCGCAACCAACUGGCCAGAGUUUUAUAUUGACCAGCUCAGGUCCAUGGCUGCCAGGAGGUCUCUACUGGCGCUGGAGGGUGAGGAUGAGCAGGGAAGACUUAAGAUCGUUGAUGGUCUUAAAACAGCUCUGAGGACACAGCCAAUGAGGUUUGUGACACGAUUCAUUGACUUGGACGGCCUGUCGUGUAUCCUGAAUUUCCUCAAGUCAAUGGACUAUGAGACCACGGAGUCUCACAUCCACACCUCACUGAUUGGCUGCAUCAAAGCUCUGAUGAACAAUUCACAGGGUCGAGCUCAUGUCCUGGGUCACUGCGAGAGCAUUAAUAUCAUCGCACAAAGUCUGGCCACUGAAAACAUCAAGACCAAGGUUGCAGUGUUAGAGAUCCUUGGAGCCGUGUGCCUGGUGCCAGGAGGCCAUAAGAAAGUGCUAGAAGCUAUGUUGCACUACCAGAAAUUUGCCUCAGAGAGAACACGUUUUCAGAGCCUGCUGACAGACUUGGAUAGAUCCACGGGCCGCUACAGAGAUGAAGUGAAUCUGAAGACUGCCAUUAUGUCCUUCAUCAAUGCUGUGCUCAGUCAGGGAGCAGGAGAGACCAGUCUUGAGUUCCGUAUCCAUUUGCGCUACGAGUUUCUGAUGUUGGGCAUCCAGCCAAUUAUUGACAAACUACGUUCCCAUGAAAACGCCACCUUAGACAGACAUCUGGACUUUUUUGAGAUGUUGAGGAAUGAAGAUGAGCUUGUGAUUUCCAAACGCUUCGAUGCUGUCCAUAUAGAAACCAAAAGUGCAAGCCAGAUGUUUGAGCUGAUCAAGAAGAAUCUGAACCACACUGAAGCUUACCCUCACCUCCUGUCAGCGCUGCAGCACUGUCUCAUGAUGCCAUAUAAACAGAACACCACCACACUUCAGUACUGGGUGUUGUUGGACCGGAUAGUUCAGCAACUGGUUCUGCAGACGGACAAAGGUGAAAACCCUGACGUCGCUCCGCUGGAGGACUUCAAUGUAAAAAAUAUUGUUCGCAUGCUCAUCAAGGAGGGUGAGGUCAAACAGUGGAAAGAACAAGCAGAUAAAAUGAGAAAAGACCAGCAGAACUUACAGCAGCGUUUUGAGAAGAAAGAGAGGGAGUGUGAGGCCAAGAAAAAGGAGAAAGAAGAUAUGAUGGCGAUGGUGAACAAGAUGAAGGUCAAACUGGAGCAAGAGGGCAACGACCACAAGCAAGCGAAGCUGCAAGUGGCAGGACUGUCUGCUCGUCUGCAGCAGCUCAGCUCUAACUCCAGCAUUCCAGGAGGACCUCCUGUGACUUCCGGAGGUUUAGUCCCCGCGGCUGUUGCCCCUUCCAUCCCCUCUCCUCCUCCACCUCCUCCUCCUCCAGGUGGCCUACCAUCUUUUGGAAUGGGCCCAGGUGCUCCUCCUCCUCCUCCUCCGCCUCCUCCUCUAGGAGCUCAAUUUAACGCUGCCCCGAAGAAGAAUAUUCCCCAGCCAUCCAACCCAAUGAAAUCAUUCAACUGGAACAAAUUGCCUAAGACGGAAGGAACCAUAUGGAAAGAGAUUGAUGAUGUGAAGGUGUUCAAAGAACUGGAUCUAGAAGAGUUCCAGAGGACAUUCUCAGCUUACCAAAGACCACAGCAGAAGGAUGCUGAGGAUGAUCGCACAAUUGCCAAGAAGGUCAAAGAGCUCUCAGUGAUUGAUGGUCGCCGCGCACAGAACUGCAUCAUUCUGCUCUCACGGUUAAAGUUGACCAAUGAAGAGAUCCGUCAUGCAAUCCUGACCAUGGAUGAACAGGAGGAUUUACCUAAAGACAUGCUGGAGCAGCUUCUGAAGUUUCUUCCUGAGAAGAGUGACAUUGAGCUGUUAGAAGAACACAAGCAUGAGCUGGACCGUAUGGCCAAAGCAGAUCGCUUCCUGUAUGACAUGAGCAGAAUCAGCCACUACCAACAGAGACUGCAGGCUCUCUACUUCAAGAAGAAGUUCGCUGAACGAGUGGCUGAGGUCAAGCCUAAAAUCAAAGCUCUGUGCCUCGCGUCCCGAGAGGUGGUGCAGAGUGGGAGGCUGCACCAGCUGCUCGAAGUGGUUCUGGCCUUUGGGAACUACAUGAACAAAGGACAGCGAGGAAAUGCCUACGGCUUUAAAGUCUCCAGUCUGAACAAGCUAGCCGACACCAAGUCAAGCAUAGACAAAAACAUCACUCUGCUCCACUACAUGAUCACUGUACUGGAGAAGAAGUACCUGGGUGUGGUGACCUUCGGUGACGAGCUACAGAAUGUGCCAGAAGCUGCUAAAGUCAAUAUGACCGAGUUGGAGAAGGACAUUGGCAAUCUGAGAUCUGGUCUAAAGAGUGUAGAGGCGGAGCUGCAGUACCAGCAGGCUCAAUCCUCUCACUCUCCUGCUGACAAGUUUGUCCCUGUGGUCAGUCAGUUCAUCACCGUGGCCUCCUUCAGCUUCUCCGAGGUAGAGGAGUUGCUCACCGAGGCCAAAGAAUUGUUUGGAAAGGCACUGAGACACUUUGGAGAGGACACAUCCAGCCUGCAACCGGAUGAGUUCUUCAGGAUCUUCGACACUUUCCUUGUGGCGUUCUCCGAAGCCAAACAGGACAACCUGAACAUGGCCAGAAGCAAGGAGGAGGAGGAGAGACGGGCACUCAUGGAGGCACAGCUUAAGCGAGACCGAGAGCAGAAGGCGAAGAAAGCCAAAGCCAGUGAAGAGGAGGGCGAGUUUGAUGACUUGGUGUCGGCCCUGCGCUCUGGGGAGGUGUUUGACAAGGAUCUGUCCAAAAUGAACCGCAGAAAACAACGAAAACUCAACUCGUAUGAAGGCAGCCGAGAGAGACCAGCGGCAAAAUUGAAGUAGUACCAGGAAACUUCACGGACAACAGCAGCUCACUGGGACUGUCCCAUCGGGGAUGUCUCAGUAACAAUAUGGUCGAACAGGAAGUUAACUAUCUUAAAUCCACUUUCAUGGUUCAAGGUUGUGCAGAUACAUAAAGUAUAUACAGUAUGCAGAAACAACCUUUGCCUGCAAGGAUUUUUUUACUUCAGCCCUUUAUUGUGUAACCAAUGCUUUAUGGAGAGCUGAGGCUAAAAGGACUAUUGGUUGCUGAUGACAUUUUAUGCUGGGUUACAUAAAUGUGUUUUGUGCAUCUGCCGUGUGUUGAUGUUGACACACAGCAUUUGGAUUUGGGGUUUCUUCCCAUCAGUGCUCAAUACAAUGCUGAAUAGAAGUACAGUGGACACAGCCAGAUGAGCACGCACCAGGUUCAGCAGCUGCAUCUACCCCCUCUUUCCACACUCAUUGGUGGUUGAUGACAGGCAGGAAAUGUAUUUGCAUUAACUUAAUUUUAUUGGCUUGCGCCUGCACAUAAGUGUUUGUUUGAACAAGAUUUGAUUGGCUCCUGCAGCACUUUGAUAUUUAAUAAUUUUAUUAAAUGACGGUCUGUAAAUAUAUAGAAAUUGUAUCCAAAAAUUGUAUUCAUUAGGUUGCUGCAGUAUUUUUCAAAUAAAUACUUUUUGUGUGGACUCCUUAUAGAUGGAUAUUUAACAGGGAACAUCUUCAUGAUCAGUUAAUGUGCUCAUAUAUUUUAAUAUGUGGAAAGUGAUGAAAUGAAAAGUGAUAUUAUUAAGAAUAAUCACAGCACUAUAACAAGGCUCAAGCUGCUCGUGAAUUACCAGCUGCUGUAAAAUGGUGUCCAGCUGUGUUGUGGACCUUUAUUUAUCUGUUUCUGUGUGGAGAAUGUGGCCUUUAAAGAUUGAAUGUCUUUUUUUGGUAGAAACUGACAGUUAACAUGUUGAGCAUCUGGGAACAUGUGGCACCUCUAUGCCAACCUCUCAGAGGAUGGAGAGGCUUGUGACUACUUGCACAAAAAAUAUAUUUUCAUGAUUUCUUAGCCCAUGAUCUUGACACAUUUAUCCACUGAAAAAAAUAUAUAUAUUAUGCCUCUUCGGUCUGUUUAAAUGUUGUGCUGUGGUCACCAAUGUCAAGUAAAAGUGGUAAUAAGAAUA